AUGGCUCAAAACAAAGAAUCCUCAACCAUGAAGGCUGGCCUAAACCCAGUCAAAGUUGUUGUAGUCGGAACUGGAAGCGUUGGAUCGACUACAGCAUAUACAUUGCUUCUUAGUGGCAUGGUUGCUGAGAUUGUGCUGAUUGAUAUUAACAAAGAUAAGGCUGACGGUGAGGGUAUGGAUUUGAACCACGCUGCUCCUAUGACCACUGACUGUCGCGUUUAUGUUGGAGACUAUCCGGACUGCGCCAAUGCUGCAAUUGUAAUUAUCACAGGAGGAGCCAAUCAAAAACCUGGGCAAACUAGAAUGGAUUUGGCAGCCAAGAACGCUAAAAUCAUGCAGGAAAUCAUUCCAAAUAUUGUCAAAAACGCUCCUGACACCAUUUUGCUUCUUGCCACAAAUCCUGUGGAUGUUCUCACCUCUAUCAGCUACAAGCUAUCAGGAUUUCCUGCCAGCAGAGUCAUUGGAUCUGGCACCUUGCUUGACUCUGCUCGUUUAAGAUACAAUCUCAGUAAGUAUUACAACAUUUCUUCUGAGAGUAUCGGCGCCUUUAUUAUUGGCGAGCAUGGCGAUUCCGAACUUCCAGUUUGGUCUCUCGCCAGUAUUGCUGGAAUGAGGCUCCGCGACUACUGUGAAAAGUCAAACCAAAAAUUCGAUCAAGAUGCCCUUGAGAAGAUUUUCGAAAAAACACGCAGCGCAGCUUACGAUAUCAUAAAGCGUAAAGGCUACACGGCAUAUGGUAUUGCGGCGGGAUUAGUUCGCAUCGUUGAGACAAUUCUCAAAAACGAGGGGUCAUUGCUCACAGUGUCGACCGUUGGUGACUACUUUGGUGUGAAGCAGGUUGCUCUGAGCGUUCCCACAAAAGUCGACCGCACUGGUGCUCACCAUAUUGUUGGCCUGUCCCUGGACGAUAACGAGAUUGAAGAAGUAAAAAAGUCUGGCCAGAACAUCAAAUCUGUUUGCAGCAGACUUGGUUUCGAUUGA